AGGCCUCACUUUGGCCCCGCCCGCGCCGCCGCCGAGGAAGAGAGAUUUUUCACAGGCGCAAGAUGGCGGCUCCCAGGGCGGCGUGAAGGCGCCUGGAGCCCGCAGCCUGCCCAUCGGUGCCGUACAGCGGGGGCGGAUCGAGCGGCCCGCCGUGCUUGGAAAUCGGAGGAAGGGAGCCCUGGCUUAGGUCUCCAGGGAGGGAAGCAGGCAGGAUCAGAGAAGAAGACGCGCCGGGUGGGGGGACGAGGGGGAGGCGGCUUCUCGCUCCCUGCGGCCGCCAUUUUCCGUCCGGGCACACAAGAUGGCGGCUCCCAGGGCCGGGCUCUGAGCGGGGGCCGGAGGGGGGCGGCAGAGGGGCCCGGCUGCGCGGGGGGAGGAGUAACUGCCCCACGCGGGGUAGUUCCCUCGCAAGGGGAAUCAGUGCCGUUUUUCAAAAAGGGGGAGGCAAUUAAGGGGUGAUCUUGUGUGAACCCCCCUCAUAUUACAAGAGGAGGGCAUUUCCUCUCUAGAGAGGGUGUCUGUACAGGGGUGGGCGGGGGGGGGAUAGCGGUCUAAACUGCUCGCCCUCAGGGAACAGAAGGCUGGUGGCAUCUCAGCUGCAGGGCAACCCUCGGCUGUAAUUGCCCCACGUGAAAAGAGGCGGGUACUUGCUCCACCAAAAGGUGAUUUUGGGGGGCGGGUAGAUAUUUUUCAAAACCCCAUUUUCAUACCUGCUCCAAAUUAGUAUGUCUACUCCAGAGAGGGAGUAAGUCUGGCCUAGUUCCCACCGCGAGGGGUGCCCCAGUAAUCGAAAGAGGAGCUGUAGGGUGUCGUUCCCCAAAGAGGAUUAUUUUGCCCAAUUGCCAAGGAAAAAGUGAAGGUGGUGUUGUUCCCCUUACCUGGAAAAGGGCAGUGUGUGUUGCCUGGGAGGGUGCUGGUCUCUUUUACAGGGGCACCCCUAGAUUAAAAGAAAUCUAGGUAAGGUUGCCCUUUUGCCCUACGCGUUUAGAGGGCUGUCUGCUUGAAGGGAUACUAGUUUAAGAGUGGGGAGGUGCUUUCUAUGGCUGCGGCCUCUCCUAUUGCCCCAAGUGGGGGCUCUCCAACAGGUGGUGGGACCACCCCAGGUUUGCUGCAGCCCCGCUGGAAGCGGGUAGUUGGGUGGUCAGGCCCUGUGCCUCGGCCCCGACAUGGACACAGAGCUGUGGCCAUCAAAGAGCUGAUUGUAGUCUUCGGAGGGGGCAACGAGGGCAUCGUGGAUGAGUUGCACGUCUAUAACACAGCUACAAACCAAUGGUUCAUCCCAGCAGUGCGGGGAGACAUCCCACCUGGUUGUGCUGCCUAUGGCUUUGUUUGUGAUGGGACUCGCCUCCUUGUGUUUGGAGGGAUGGUGGAAUAUGGCAAGUACAGCAACGACCUCUACGAACUGCAGGCCAGCCGCUGGGAGUGGAAGAGACUGAAGGCCAAGACUCCCAAGAAUGGGCCCCCGCCCUGCCCACGCCUUGGUCAUAGCUUCUCACUGGUGGGCAAUAAAUGCUACCUAUUUGGGGGACUGGCCAAUGACAGUGAAGACCCAAAGAACAACAUUCCCAGAUACCUUAAUGACCUCUACAUCUUGGAGCUGCGUCCAGGUUCUGGUGUGGUGGCAUGGGACAUCCCCAUCACCUAUGGUGUGCUGCCUCCACCGCGGGAGUCCCACACUGCUGUGGUGUACACAGAAAAAGACAACAAGAAAUCCAAGCUGGUCAUAUAUGGUGGCAUGAGUGGUUGUCGUCUUGGUGACCUCUGGACACUUGACAUUGAUUCUCUGACCUGGAACAAGCCCACCCUGAGUGGUGUGGCUCCCCUCCCACGCAGCCUACAUUCAGCAACCACCAUUGGGAACAAGAUGUAUGUGUUUGGGGGCUGGGUACCCCUUGUCAUGGAUGAUGUCAAAGUGGCCACACAUGAAAAGGAGUGGAAAUGCACAAAUACACUGGCCUGCCUCAACCUUGAUUCCAUGGCUUGGGAGCCCAUUCUGAUGGACACGUUGGAAGAUAAUAUUCCACGGGCACGAGCUGGGCACUGUGCUGUGGCCAUCAAUACUCGUUUGUAUAUCUGGAGUGGCCGCGAUGGGUAUCGCAAGGCCUGGAAUAACCAGGUCUGCUGCAAGGAUCUCUGGUAUCUCGAGACAGAGAAACCUCCAUCGCCUUCACGGGUGCAGCUGGUCCGUGCCAACACCAACUCCCUGGAAGUGAGCUGGGGUUCUGUCCCAACUGCUGACACUUACUUGCUGCAGCUGCAGAAGUAUGACAUCCCAGCUGCCACCUCGCCAGCUACCAACCCUGUGCCCUCAGUGCCUGUCAACCCCCCCAAGAGCCCCGCUCCGGCUGCAGCUGCCCCUGCCCCUCCUGUGCAGCCAUUGACCCAAAUGGGCAUCACACUGCUGCCCCAGGCAACAGCUGUUGCUGCUGCCGCCACUGCUGCCGCUGCCGCCGCCGCUCCUGCCCCACCUACCACAACCACCAUCCAGGUGCUGCCUACUGUGCCUAGCAGUCCAAUGCCGGUGCCUGCUGCUGCCGCCACUCCUCGCCCACAAGCUGUCCCAGCUGUGCUGAAGGUCACAGGCCCACAAGCUACCACAGGAGCUCCGUUGGUGACAGUGCGUUCGGCAGGGCAGGCUGGGAAGGGCCCAGUGACAGUGACUUCACUGCCAGCUGGGGUGCGCAUGGUAGUGCCCACCCAGACCACUCAAGGGACGGUGAUUGGCAGCAGCCCCCAGAUGAGUGGAAUGGCUGCUCUGGCGGCAGCUGCUGCCGCCACUCAGAAAAUCCCACCAUCUUCUACCCCUACUAUGUUGAGUGUUCCUGCUGGCACCACCAUAGUGAAGACUGUUGCUGUUUCACCGGGGACCACCACGCUGCCCACCACAGUUAAAGUAGCCUCUUCUCCUGUCAUGGUGAGCAACCCAGCAACUCGCAUGCUCAAGACAGCAGCUGCCCAGGUGGGCACCUCCGUCUCUUCUUCCACCACCAAUACGCCUACCCGGCCCAUCAUCACCGUGCACAAGUCGGGCACUGUCACCGUAGCACAGCAGGCCCAGGUGAUGACCACCGUGGUGGGUGGGGUGACAAAGACCAUCACACUGGUGAAAAGUCCCAUCUCGGUUCCAGGAGGCAGUGCAUUGAUUUCCAACUUGGGUAAGGUGAUGUCAGUUGUUCAGACGAAACCAGUUCAGACGUCGGCGGUGACAGGCCAGGCAUCUACAGGCCCAGUGACCCAGAUAAUCCAGACCAAAGGGCCUCUGCCGGCAGGAACCAUCCUGAAGCUGGUGACCUCAGCAGAUGGCAAGCCCACCACAAUCAUCACCACCUCCCAGGCAGGUGGUACAGGCACCAAACCCACCAUCCUGGGCAUCAGCAGUGUGUCUCCAAACACAACAAAGCCUGGAACCACCACCAUCAUCAAAACUAUUCCCAUGUCAGCUAUCAUUACCCAGUCGGGUGCCACAGGUGUUACCAGUAGCCCUGGAAUAAAGUCUCCCAUUACUAUCAUCACUACAAAAGUGAUGACCUCUGGCACUGGCACACCGGCCAAGAUCAUCACAGCAAUGCCUAAGCUGGCCACAGGACAUGGGCAGCAGGGUGUGACACAGGUCAGACAGGUGGUGCUUAAAGGAGCACCAGGUCAGCCUGGUACCAUCCUGCGCACUGUCCCUAUGGGUGGAGUGCGGCUUGUCACCCCUGUCACUGUGUCUGCUGUCAAACCCACGGUCACCACUCUGGUGGUGAAAGGAACCACAGGUGUCACCACCUUAGGUACUGUAACAGGCACAGUCUCAACUAGCCUAGCUGGGACUGGGGGGCACAAUACCAAUGCCUCCCUAGCAACACCUAUUACCACCUUGGGCACAAUUGCCACCCUUUCCAGCCAGGUCAUCAAUCCAGCUGCCAUCACAGUCUCCGCAGCACAAACCACCUUGACAGCAGCAGGAGGGUUGAGUACCCCCACCAUCACGAUGCAGCCUGUCUCCCAGCCCACCCAAGUCACCCUGAUUACAACACCUAGUGGAGUAGAAGCCCAGCCAGUGCAUGACUUGCCUGUCUCCAUCUUGGCCUCACCCACCACAGAGCAGCCUACAGCCACUGUCACGAUUGCUGAAUCUGGGCAGGGUGACGCACAGCCAGGCACGGUUACUCUAGUGUGCUCCAACCCGCCAUGUGAGAUACACGACACUGGCACAACCAACACGGCCACAACCACUGUAGUGGGCACUUUGGGUGGGCCAACCCAGGUGCAGUUUGUAUGUGAUGGACAAGAGACCGGUGGGCUCCAGGCCGGUGGUAGAGUGGUGAGGGUCUGCUCCAACCCACCUUGUGAGACCCAUGAAACGGGUACCACCAACACAGCCACUACCGUGCUGAGUGCUGGGCAGAAGGUGUGCUCCAACCCGCCUUGUGAGACUCACGAGACAGGCACCACCAAUACGGCCACCACCUCCAGAACAGAGAAGGCACCUGCAGAGCCACCAUGCCAAACUUUCCAGACUAGUGCCACUAGCACAACUAUGACAGUGAAGCCCAUUGUGGGCACAGGUCAGCUAGUGUGCUCCAACCCACCCUCUGAAACACAUGAAACAGGAACCACCAAUACAGCCACCACCGCCACUUCCAACAUGGGCCGGGGACAGCCUGAUGGUGGACAGGAAGAACCAGCUAAUCCUCCGUGCCAAACAAAGCAGGUCAAUACCACCAACACCACCAUGUCAGCAAAAGCAGAUGUGCCGACGGAGCAGCCAUGCACGGUCCAGAUGGUAAGCUUUGUACCACAGAAGCCAGCUGCAAGUUCAGGCACAACCACAGUACAGGCCAGUGAAAGACCAGUAGCACCGAAAACCCUCCAAUGCGAAUCCCAUCAUACCCACACCACCAACACUGCCACCACAGCUCGGUCUCUCAUGGGUCGAGGGCAGCCUGAUGGAGAGUGGGUAGGCUCUGCCAAUCCUCCGUGCCAAACGCAGCAGACCAGCUCCACCAGCACCACCAUGUCUGCCAAAGCUAAUGUGCCUACGAAGCAGCCAUGCACAAUACAGAUGGUAUCACCAGACUUGGUCACAGGGUCGGCACACUUGAGUGCACCUUGCAAAACUCACGAAAUGGAUGCCAAGGAUGCAGGCUCUCAGGUCUGCUCCAGUCCACCUUGUGAGACGCAUGAGCCUGGCACCACCAACACAGCUACAUCAAAUAUGGGUGCCACUCCACGCAUUUGCUCCAGUUCACCUUGCGAGACUCAUGAGACUGGAACUACCAACACAGCCACCACUACCACGUCAAAUGUAGGUGCUGGGCAACAAGUGUGCUCCAAUCCACCUUGUGAGACCCAUGAGACUGGCACCACCAAUACAGCCACCACUACCACGUCAAAUGUAGGCGCUGGGCAACAGGUGUGCUCCAAUCCACCUUGUGAGACACACGAAACGGGCACCACAAAUACAGCAACCACGACGACAUCAAAUAUGGGUGCUGGGCAGGGUGAAGGUGCCCAGCAAACUCCUGUAACUCCACCAUGUGAAACGCAGCAGACAAGCUCUACUAGCACCACCAUGUCACCCAGCGUUGGAGGUGAUGGCACCCAGCCCUCCAGCUCAGCCUUGGCCCAGGGAGGAGGCUCUGAAUCAGGAAAAGCUCCUGAGGGAGAGGCUCCUGGGACUGUCCAGUCACCUCCUCGGAGCCCAGCAUCUAGAGUGUGCUCAAAUCCUCCCUGUGAAACCCAUGAAACAGGAACGACCCAUACAGCCACCACUGUCACUUCCUCCAUGGGGUCCAAUCAAGAUCAGCCACCUGCUACCAAUGGCCAACAGGGGGAGCCUGAGACAACUGUGAGCGAGAGCACAGCUGCCCCCAGCCCCAGUGCUGUUACAACCACCGUCCCCUCCACACAGACCAGAGCUGUCACCACUGUUACGCAAUCCACGCCCGCGCCAGGGCCCUCUGUGCCGAACAUCUCCUCGCUGGCUGAGACCCCUGUGGAGGAGGCAGCUCCUCCUGCUGAGGCUCCGGCUGCCACCAGCACAGAUUCCCUCCCAGGAGCCUCCGAGCCACUGCGGCCUGCUGUAGAGGUGCAGGCUGCCCCAUCCGAGCCUCAAGAGCCAGCCCAGGCAGCGCCAGUAGGCACUCCAUCCACAGAAGCCCCACCAGCCGAAGCUGCUGCUCCUCAGCCGGAACUGCCAGCCCCUGUGGAGGAGGCACUGCCCGCACCAGCAGCCGCUGCCCAGGAGCCUGUGGCGAUGGUGGUGCUCCCGCAGGCCACUCCUGCAGCCCCUCCACCCUCCGAAGUGGAGCAGCUGGCACUGCCUCAAGAGCUGAUGGCCGAGAGCCAAGCAGGCACCACCACACUCAUGGUGACGGGGUUGACACCGGAGGAACUGGCAGUGACGGCUGCUGCAGAGGCUGCCGCCCAAGCUGCUGCCACCGAAGAGGCACAAGCCCUGGCCAUUCAGGCAGUCUUGCAAGCCGCCCAGCAGGCUGUAAUGGGCUCUGGAGAGGCCAUGGACACAUCUGAGGCAGCAGCACAAGCAGAACUGGGUCACUUGGGCUCGGAAGGCCCUGAGAGCCAGCCCACUGCCAUCCCGAUUGUGCUCACACAGCAAGAACUGGCUGCUCUUGUGCAGCAGCAGCAGCAGCUCCAGGAAGCUCAGGCGGCGGCAGCCGCUGCCGCCGCUGCCGCAGCUGCUGCCCAGCAGCAUCCGCCUCAGCACCCUCUCCCUUCCCACUUGCCCACGGAAGCCCUGGCCCCUGCUGAUAGCCUCAAUGAUCCAGCCAGCGAGAGCAAUGGUCUCAAUGAGUUGGCCAGCGCAGUCACCAGCACAGUUGGGCUACUUCCCCCCACACCUACAGAGAGUCUUGCUCCAUCUAACACAUUUGUGGCCCCACAACCUGUCGUGGUGGCGGCUAGCCCAGCAAAAUUACAGGCAGCAGCUACUCUGGCAGAGGUGGCUAAUGGAAUUGAACCAGCUCCUGUGAAGCCAGAGCCUCCCGCACAGCCUCCAAAAGUGGUUGUGAAGAAGGAAAAUCAGUGGUUUGAUGUGGGUGUUGUCAAGACAACCAACAUGAUGGUGACACACUACUUCCUGCCUCCUGAUGAUGCGCCUGCUACAGAGGAUGAUUCAGGCACUGUUCCUGAUUAUUCUCAACUCAAGAAGCAGGAGCUACAGCCUGGCACAGCGUAUAAGUUCCGAGUGGCGGGAAUCAAUGCCUGUGGCCGGGGCCCUUUCAGCGAAAUCUCGGCAUUCAAGACCUGUCUGCCUGGCUUUCCUGGAGCUCCUUGUGCCAUUAAAAUCAGCAAGAGUCCAGAUGGGGCCCACCUGACUUGGGAGCCACCUUCAGUCACCUCUGGGAAGAUCACGGAGUAUUCUGUGUACCUGGCCAUCCAGAGCGCCCAGGCAGGCGAGCCCAAGAGUGCCGCCCCUGCUCAACUAGCCUUCAUGCGGGUUUACUGUGGGCCCAGCCCCUCGUGCCUGGUGCAGUCAGCGAGUCUCUCCAAUGCCCACAUAGACUACACCACGAAGCCUGCCAUCAUCUUCCGCAUUGCUGCCCGCAAUGAGAAGGGCUAUGGCCCUGCCACACAAGUCCGGUGGCUGCAAGAGUCCAGUAAGGAUGGUUCCAUGAUAAAACCAGCCAACAAGAGGCCGCUUUCAUCUCCUGAUCUGAAAACUGCUCCAAAGAAGCCCAAAGCAGAUGGGCAGUGAAAGGUGUCCCCAGCUGUCCCCUCUUCCUGCCUGCUCCACAGCCUCCGCCUGAACCCCAGCCAGCCAGCCGCCCCUGUGUGUGGAGGGAGAUGGCCCUGCUGAAAGCACAUUUCGCACACCGUGGGGCUGGACUUUGGGGGAUGGGGGAGAAGACGCAGCAGCUCAUGUGAGGGAGCCCCAGCAGGGGCCAUCACUGUGCUGUGCCCCAGUCUAGGAAGGGGGAAGAAGGAAUGGAGUUCCACCCCCGCCCCCUGCUACUGCCCACUAACAUGGACACUUAUGUUUGGGGUGGGUACAGAGGGGGUGUUUGUUAUCGGGGGGUGGGGUGGGGGGGCUGUUGGGGUUUUUUUUUACAAGUUGCAGUUACAGGAAUGAAGUUCUUUUUGUAUUUUCCCCAGCAUCCUGUGUUGGGGGUGGGAGAAUUACUCUCCUUGCCUCCGGUUCUUGCCUCUGUACAGACCCUCUUCCUCAGUUUAGUUUUUAGUGUCCGAGUUGCUAAUAGAGAGGAGUCUGUGCUGUUGUGGGGAGGGGGAUGUGAUGUGGUUGGACCACACAUGCAGCUACUUUGAACAUUUGGGGCGGGGCAGGGGAGGAGGGAAAAUGCGGCUCAUUCUACAGCAGCUGUUCUAAUGCUCAGCCCAGGGCGCUUGUGGCUUCAACCUACCCCCCUCUUUCCCUGUACAUGCAGGAGUCCCUCCUUGGCAGCACAAGCUGAUUUUCCCCUAUGCUGUUCUCCCUCCAGACCACAAGGUGGCAUGCUCUUGGCAGAUGCCUUGCCGUUCCUCUCCAUGGUUUUGUACAAAACAUUUUUUAGGAAAAAAAAAAUUAAAAAAAAAAGUUUGGGGAGAUGUAGGCUGGUCUACUAGGACAGGCCUAUUGGGUAAGAGCAAGGCUGCAGGGGGACAUUUGACUGUGUAAAUGCAACUCAACCCCCCCCUCCCCAAUCUGGGUCAGGAAUCUAGAUUCCUCCCUCUAGGUGAAGAUGUACAUCCCUCUGCCCCAUCCCAUUCUGACUGCCUCUCCAGACAUUCCACAGAGAAGAGGGGAGAGAGCAGCCAGGACAUAUUCUUUGGAGAUGGUAGGAGAUGAAUUAUACAUUGCAAAGCAAGCACCCCUAGGUGCAUAACAAUGGUUGUGCCCUGCCUAUUGUCAAGAAGACUGGCAGGCAAAGCAGCCCCCUUAAAGAAGAAGAAAAACCAGGAGCAGACCUCUUCUUCCUCCCCACCCCCACUUGCUCUGUGCCCUGGUCUUUUGUAUUAUAGUGUAUUUCGCUGUGUCCCCCCUUCCUGUUCAGACCCUAAGAUUCCUCCUGCCCUUGCUACCUCUUAGCCAAUUUAUUUUUCAUUGAGACAGGAAUAGCCCUCAUAGGAGUUUCCCAUGGCUAUCCACCCCUCCCCUCAUCCCCUAGUGCUGCGUAUCUGUCGUUUUUGUGCUAUUUUGAACAAUUAAAGACCUUUUUUUUUUUUUUUUUGAAACCAGA